AGCUUUCUUUUCUUCAUAUAAUAAUCUGACCGGAACGAAUUUAGCAUUAGAGCAAAGUUUGUGGGCCAAAACGAUAAAACAAACAAAUUCAGUCAGCUUCUCCGGGAAGCUAAACAACAACAAAACCCGGUUCAAUUAGGGUUCUCAAAAUCCCCGCCUUUUUCACAACUCCCUACAGGCUACAAUGCCGAGCGAAAACGAUAAUCCCACAACGCCAUUGGCAGCGAAACUGAACUCAAACCCUAGUAAAGACCAGUCUCCAGCUCGCUCCGAGUCAUGUUCUUCACUUCCCCCUAGUAACUGCAAUGGCAAUAAUAACUGCAAAAUUAACGAUGCCAAUGGCAUUGAUAAUUCACCGUUGCAGAGAAAUCCGCAAAGCCCUGAAGAUUUUAUACUAUCGGUGGCUUCGAAAAUUGCGUCUCAGCCUUUGCAGUAUUCUGAUCCUGAUGUUUGGGGAGUGUUAACUGCUAUCUCCGAUAAGGCCCGGAAGCGUCUUCAGGGGAUAAACAUGCUUCUCACAUCUGAAGAACACUGCAUUGGUCGGAUGGUAGAUAAUACCCGUUUCCAGAUUUUGUCUCCAGCUGUUAGUGCACAUCAUUGCAAGAUCUACAGGAAAAAGGUUGUCAGCGAAGACGUAGAGAAUCCCACCAACUGUUGCACUGCAGUCUUUCUGAAAGAUUCAAGUACAAAUGGGACGUACCUGAAUUGGGAAAAGUUGAACAAAAGUAGCCCAGAAGCCAGACUUCGUCAUGGUGAUAUUAUCUCUAUUGCGUUUGCUCCUCAACAUGAACUUGCAUUUGCCUUUGUGUUUCGAGAAGUUCUCAUAUCUGCUUCUUCAGCUGAUGCUGCUGUUCUGAAGAGAAAAGCAGAGGAAUUUGGUUCAGAAAGCAAAAGACUCAAGGGUAUUGGAAUUGGCACUUCUGAAGGUCCCAUUUCUCUGGAUGACUUCCGUAGCAUGCAGCGGUCAAAUACGGAACUGAGGAAGCAACUCGAAAGUCAUGUUGCGACUAUUGAUUCCUUGCGAAGUGAAAAUCAUGCUGUUGUGGACCAUCAUGAGAAGGAAAUGAAAGAAUUGAAGGAGUCAGUUUCUCAAUCAUACCUUGAACAACUCAAAGAAGUACAGCAGUUAUUGGAAGCCAAGGGAAAGGAGUUAGUUGACAUAAGUAGAGUAUCUGCAGAGCAGAAACAUGCGUUGGAAGACCUAAAUGAAGGACUUAGUGCAUCUGAGCAAUCAUGUUUUGAGGCCAAUGAAAUAAUACGCAGCCAGAAAUUAUCAAUUUCAGAACUGAAAACUUUGCUAGAUGAGGAGCGUGAACAGAGGAAAAAGGAACGUGAAAAGGCUGCUUUGGAUUUGAAAACCUCUACACAGAGAGUGCAGGCCGAAGCCCAGGAGGAAAUAAGAAGGCUCUCAGAAUCUGCUAUCAAACGAGAAAAAGAGCAGCAAGAAAUUAUUAAUAAGCUUCAGGAAGAUGAGAAGGAAAGAUGUUUACUGAUGGAAACCUUGAGAUCUAAGUUGGAAGACACCAGGCAGAAAUUGGUUGUUUCCGAAAACAAAGUUCGUCAGCUUGAAGCUCAACUUUGUGAGGAACAAUUAUCUUCUGCAUGUAGGAAAAAAAAAAUAGAGGAACUUGAGCAUGAGAGGAACAUGUUGAGCAAAGAGCUUGAGAGUGAAAAGCAGGCAGCUCGAGAAGAGGCGUGGGCCAAGGUUUCUGCUCUUGAACUAGAGAUAAGUGCUGCAAUGCGGGAUCUUGAUUUUGAGAGGCGAAGACUGAAAGGUGCUAGAGAAAGAAUAAUGCUACGAGAAACACAACUUCGGGCUUUCUAUUCUACUACUGAGGAGAUCUCAGUUUUGUUUGCAAAGCAGCAGGAGCAAUUGAAGGCAAUGCAGAGGACAUUAAAAGAUGAGGAAAAUUAUGAGAAUACCUCUGUAGAUAUUGACCUUAAUCCAUACAAUGUGAAUGUGAAUGGAUCCCUAUUAAGAGAGAAAGAAGUAGGAGAUGGAAGCCACAAUGUGACUAGGGCUGGCUGCAGUACUUCCAACCAGAGGCGUGUUAGGGAAUUAUUUGAUUUAUCAAGUGACGACGCAAGUGCUACAGAGAAGCAUGAUUGCAAUAACAGAAGUGAAGGGGGACAAGACACACAGGAGGUAGAAUUUGCUGGAGCUCAAUGUGUGAAGGGUGGAUUUGGUUCUGAAGUUGAUGGUGUUGGGACAGCACCCCUUGAGGGAGAUGGUGUGGGAACUGAGCUAAUCCCUGAUAGUGAUACUGCCGGUGUAGCAGCCAAUAUGGAGGGUGACCUUGUUGGAACAGAACAGGUGCAAGAGACUGAGAGCUUGGGAAUCAAUAGUGAAAGGAAUUUAGAUUUAAACAAAUUCUGUGCUUUUGCUGAGAACACAAUGCAGAUGGAUGAUGGAACUCUUGGGAAAGAAGCUCAGGUGCAGAACCCUGCAAUUUGUGAUGAGAGUAUGCCUCCUUCCCCAGCAAAUAAUGUCGCUGAGGGUGAUAAUGUGAUUGAAGAUAAUGUGAUAGAAGAUACUGAAGCUGAAGGAACCAUUAGGACAGCUGAUCUUUUGGCUUCAGAGGUUGCUGGGAGUUGGGCGUGCAGUACAGCUCCUUCUGUCCAUGGUGAGAAUGAUACUCCUAAGAGUAAAGACAAUGAUGCAUGUCCUGCAAUUUUACAAGAUUCAGGUGCUCAAGUGGGUGAAAGUCAAUGCGCUACAUCUACUUCCAAAACUUCUUCUAGAUGGGAUCAAGAUCGUAAAGCACUAAGUGAGAUGAUUGGAAUUGUUGCCCCUGAUUUGAAGGAGCAAUUCAGUCAUGCAGUUGGUAGUGACUGUGAUCAAGGAGGAAAUGAGGGAGACGCUUCUGAUUCCGCUACAGAAAGUUGCUCUGAUGAUGAGGAUAACAUAAUGAAUACUGAAGCUGCAUCUGAUGCAGAGACAGUUGACGGUGAAAAAGUGAAUGAGGAUGUAAUGGACGAAGAUGAUGAAGCCACCCAAGAAGAUUCUAUUGGAUAGCCGGCAUACUUGUGGAUUGAAUUUGGUGCUCUCUGAUUUUUUUAGGCUUUAGACGCAAAUGUGACCAUGGGUCAUGAAGCCACACCCCAAGCUUUCGUAAACAGGAAGAAGGGAGGUUCGUGCUGUGAUAUCAUAUCUUAAACUUA